CACGCCGUAAAUUCAAUUCAAAACGGAUGCAGGUUCAUGUUGGGUGUUCAUAUAAUAUUUUGCCCAGUCAGUUGUUUGACUGGAUUUGUUCCACCUUGGACGAAACUUGCUCUCAUUCGAAAGUAGCACAUUUCUACCGACUUUUUGCCGAACGUGGCAACGGUGUUCAACGGCAAGUUAGUGGUGGAUGCGUACACAGAAUUUACAAACAUCUGGUGUUUGUUGUUGUGCACAGUGAAUUUGUUGCGAGUAUUCAAAAUUGUUUUCAGGUUGUUUUAGAGGCAAUUAUAGCAUUGUUAUCAUUGAUAGACAAUUUUCAAAGACAAUGGGACGUCGGAAGUGCAUUCUUUGUGGAGUUAGCAGUGAAAAAACUGAGGCAACCUUCGACAGGUUUCCUAGUGAUAAGAAAAAACAAGAAUAAUGGCGCACUAUCCUCAAUAUUGAGAUAAAUGAUUUACCACUUCAUGCCUUUAUUUGCGCAAAUCAUUUUCACAAAAGUGAUUUAAUAGACGGCAAAAGAACUCAACUAAACCAUUCAGCAGUUCCAUCAGUAGAGCCUUUGAGGCAAACAGAUGAUUCCAGUGAUGAGGAGAAUGAAAUCAAUCUUGCCCAGGAAAUUGCCCUAAGCCAUUCAAAUAGCGAACAACUGGAAAGCAGGGAUCUACCUAGAGAACAAAUAAAGUCACCAGAAAUGGUAUGUGAAUACAGUUUUCCUGAACAUGAUCGAACAACAGAUAGUAUCACCCUAUCAGCUUUGCUGUCAGGCACCCAGUCAUUAUCUGAAUCCGCUACAUUAAGUGCUUCACAAUCACGUACUGGAAGUAUCCCAGUGACACCACAGUCCCGUACCCAUGCCUCAGAAUUAGAUAUGAUGAUUUUAAACACAUUCAUAGAAGCAAAAGCUGACAAUGAGGAAGAUAACCUCAAAGAAAAUGAUAGUGAUGGUGAACCUCCACGGAAAAGAAUGAAAACAAAACCUAUUCGAUACUUCGGCGAUAUACGUUAUACUGAUUUGGAAAACCCACUUAAAAGGCCAAUUUGCUGGAAAGUCAUUCAAAACACGUAUAAGAAACAAAGAAAGACAAUUGACUGUUUACGAGCCAAAACAAGAAGACAAGCAAACAAAAUUUGGUCUCUUCAAGCAUUGACAAACCAUUUGAAGCGAAUAAAUAUGAUAUCGGAGAAUGCUCAACACAUGCUUGAAUGGCUCCAUUGCAGAAGACAUUUUCAACAAAAUUCAAAGAGGCCGAAAAAAAGAAAAAUAUAGUGCAGAACUGCGUCGCUAAAUGGCUAAAAUGGCUAUCAGAGUCUACAGAGUACGCUAAAUCCCCAAGUAUACCGUUAUGUAUAAAACGAUUUAUAAUCCAACUUAAGCUCCACAAUAAAUGUAGUCUCAAAAUCUUCCUAAACAAUAUUUCAUACAGGGUUAACAGACUAUUGUACAAUAUGCAAUACUCGAAAGACUGAAUCUUUAGGCCAUCUCCUCUUGGAAUGUCCAUUAUACAAUCCAUUGAGAGAGCAUAUUCUGUCAGAUCGUUUGAACCAAAUCUGUGUCUUUGCUUGCCUAAAUAAAACGAAUGAGUUGAAUUUAUGAUACAAACUUUUUAAAUACUUUAGGGAACUAUUUAAGCUAAGAUCUUUCUUAAGGAAUGAAUAGUUUUUUUGUGCCUUCAAUAUUAAGACAGAAUAUUUAAAUUGAUGCGUCAAUUAUUUAUUCUUUUUCUGUUUGUUUAUAUAUUUUUUUAUAUACAACUUUUGAUCAUGGUUACUAUCAUUUUCUUACUAUUUUUUUUGUAUUCAUACUCUGGACAGGAAAUUUUCUACUCAAUUCUUAUUAUUUACA